AUGUACGGUAAUAUUCGAAAACUUCAUGUUCCAUCUGAUCAGAUAUGGAUACCGGAUAUCCUGUUGUAUAACAACGCAGAUGGCGAACCGCACAUAACGAUCAUGAGUGAUGCGUUAGUCUACUACACCGGUGCAGUGGUUUGGAAACCACCGAGCAUUUAUAAAUCAUUUUGUCCCGUAGGCUUAUGCCUAUAA